AUGGAGACCAGACAUAAAGACCGCUCCUUCUGCUUUCGCCCAUCCAUCACGCCCACGACUCUGCCUUCACUGCCUCCGCCCACGCCCCCGUCCCCGCCCACGUCCCCGUCCCCGCCCACGCCCCUGUCCCCGCCCACGCCUCCGUCCCCGCCCACGCCUCCGUCCCCGCCCACGCCCCCGUCCCCGCCCACGCCCAUCCACACGACUCUAUCUCCGCCAACGCUUCCACUCACCACUACGCUUUUGCCACCCACGCCUCCAUCUCCGCCCACGCCUCCACCUCCGCCCACGCCUCUACCUCCGCCCACACCUUCGCCCACGCCUCCACCUCCGCCCACCUACACGCCCACAACCCCACGCCCUAAACCCCACACCUACAACUCCACGCCCAUAACCUUACGCCUCUACAUAACCCCAGGCCUACAGCUACACAACCCCACGCCCACAACCCCACACCUACAACCCCACGCCUACAACCACAUGCCUAAAACCUUACGCCUACAACCACAUGCUACAACUCCGCGCCCACAACCCCAUGCCCACAACCCACGCCCGACCCAAGCUAGAGCAAGCCAGGGAGCAAACCAGGUCAUCAACACCCGACUCAGAAGUUCGUCUUUAUCAACACAAUCUUCCCCCGAAAUUGUGAUUGUAAUGAUUGUCUUUAGGAUUAGUCAGAUUAAGAAAGAUUAG